AUGACUCGAGCCGAAGUCAUGACUGAGCCACCCAGGUGCCCCUCAAGUUGAGACUCUUGAGAUGGGGGUAAGGUUCUGAGAGUCUGGUGGGAGGCUAAUAAAUCCCAUCCCACGGAUCUGGUAAGAAGGGCUGAGAGACCCGCAGAGAGCAGCGUGUUGCUGGGGGCAGAGGGGGGUGACCUGGAGCCCCCCGGAUCUGGAGAUGCAGCCCCUGCCGACACGCUGACUUCAGUGCCAUGAAACGGAUUUUGGUCUCUAGAGCUGUUAGAGAAUACAUUUCUGUCCAAUUAAGCCACCAACUUUUUAGUGACCUUUUUCUGUAGACACAGAAAUCAUCCCAAACAGGACAGGGAUUCUAAAGCAGAAAUGACCAGAGGCGAGGGCCGGCCCAGAGCCUCCAGCUGCUUGACAGUGUCCCUGAGACUUAGUCGCCUGAGUUACCUCCCCCUAGAACACACGCUCCUUCACCCUAAAUUCCCACUGCCUUGCUGGCAGCAGAGGUGGGCCCCACAUCCCGCCGCUUCCUGGGGCCCGGUGGCCCGCAAGGUGGACCCAUGAGGAAGCAGCGGUUGCCCCUCAGGGGAUGGCUGGCUUUGACCCGAGGCUCUAGGUCAGGCUGGGACCUAGCCAGGCUCGCACACACCUGCUCCUUUCCCCUCCCUGGGAGAGCAGCAUUGUGUGAAGGACGAGGGCACCUUGGCCAGUUCAUUAGAAUUUUUAAAACCAAGUGCAAAUAUUGUCAGGUGCUCUGUUUGCAGGAGCCUGUGCCUGUUGAGAUAGGUGCGCGCCAGCCACCCACGGACGUGGGAAAGCCACACAGGCAGCACCAUUGUUCUCUGUCCCCCAGGUGAGGCCCUGGACAAGGUCACGGCUCCCUAAACCUUUAAAACCCCAGGGGGAGACGAACGUUGCCUGUGCUGGGACUCAGCCACAACUCUGCAUGGGUCUCUCACCCUUGUUUUUUAAUUCACUCUCCUUUGUAAAUAUUUUCUUAAAGCAGCAAGAAGAGUGUUGAUACCAGUCAAUCAGAGAAUAUCGAUUCCUGAUUCUUCUAAGAAUUCCUAUUGCCAUCGUAGAAGUUGACCUUCAGGUGAGUGUCUGGUGCCUUAAGGGCAGUGUGACACGGGGCCCCUGGAAAGUGGGUGCUAGGCCUAGAGGCCACUUGGGAAGAGCCUUUGCCCGUCCUGGCUGGGUGGGUGCCUGGGACAGGGAGGGUUGUGAGCCGGUGUCCUGGCAACAGAGGGUCAGGGGCCGCCUUGGGCUGGCGACUCUUACAGGGGCUUGUCUUCUGGCGGGUGGAGGAGGGAGAACACCCAGGGCCCUUCACUGUCUGGCUCUCUGGACACUGGGAAGAGGGUUUUGAGUCUCACCCCAGCCUGCUCAGCACGGCCCACAGAAACGGGAUGACUGAGACUCAGACUCUACCAGCCGCUCCUGGUCGGACGCUGGGGGACCACGGGGUACGGUCCUACUGCAGACUCACACAUAAACACCCCUCCUGCAGGAUGAGGGGUGCCAGGCUGACGGGGGCACUGCUCGCCUUGGCCGGCCUGCUGCAGGUGGCCCUGUCCCUAAAAAUAGCAGCCUUCAAUAUCCGGACUUUUGGGGAGACCAAGAUGUCCAAUUACACGCUCUCUCACUACAUCGUGCAGAUCCUGAGUCGCUACGACAUCGCCAUCGUCCAGGAGGUUAGAGACAGCCACCUGACAGCCGUGGGGAGGCUGCUGGAUGCUCUCAACCGGGAUGACCCAGACACCUAUCAUUAUGUGGUCAGUGAGCCUCUGGGCCGCAGCAGCUACAAGGAACGCUACCUCUUCUUGUUCAGGCCUGACCAGGUGACCGUGCUGGACAGCUACCAGUACGACGACGGCUGCGAGCCCUGCGGGAAUGACACCUUCAGCCGCGAGCCCACCAUCGUCCGGUUCCACUCCCCGCUCACCAAGGUCCGGGAGUUCGCCGUUGUUCCACUCCAUGCGGCCCCCCUGGACGCAGUGGCAGAGAUGGACUCGCUCUAUGACGUCUACCUGGAUGUUCGGCAGAAGUGGGACCUGGAGGAUGUCCUGCUCACGGGCGACUUCAACGCUGGCUGCAGCUACGUGGCCCCCAGCCAGUGGGCCUCCGUCCGCCUGCGCACAAGCCCAGCCUUCCAGUGGCUGAUUCCUGACACCGUGGACACCACGUCCACGGCCACGCACUGUGCCUACGACAGAAUCGUGGUGGCCGGAACAGUGCUCCAGCACGCCGUCGUUCCAGACUCGGCUGCCCCCUUUGACUUCCAGGCUGCCUACGGCCUCAGCAGCCAGCUGGUAUGUGUCCUUCCCUUCAGCUCUCCUGGGGCUGGGGCUCCGGCCCGCACCCCGGGGACUCGCGGCUGUCUCCGUUCUCUGCACCAACAUCAGAGAGCCGUGGGGGGCCGAGCAGGCAAUACUGUGUGCAGAGCAGGUCGUGCGCCCCCGUCCUCACUGUGCGCUUCCCCACAGGCCCAGGCCAUCAGCGACCAUUACCCGGUGGAGGUGAUGCUGAAGAGGGUCUGACGGGAGUGGAGCCC